ACUCAGCUUCCUCCCUCUCUCCCAUUCAUACCAUUCUGACUGGCCAACCACACUACCUUAAUCCCAGACCGUCGAUCAUGGCGUCCUCCGAUAAGCUAACGAGCGAAUCCAUCGAGUCGGCGCCCAAUUCCAAGUCACCGCUCGAUCGCCCACCUCCUAUCAAUUUUUUUGUGGUUGAUCUUGGUUUGAGACUCUUGCUGUUCGCAUCUACCAUUACAGCCAUCGUGGUUAUGGCCACAAGCAAGCAGACCAAAGUGCUCAAUAUCCCGCUCCUACCGUUUCCACUCGUUCGGGCUGCCAAAUUCAAUCAAUCUCCAGCGUUAAUAUACUACGUGGUGGCACUUAGCGCGGCUUGUUUCUACAGCAUUAUUACAAUCUUAUCUUCUCUUGCUGCCAUCUCCAAGACGUCUCCCUCGAAGAAGCUGUUGUUGUUGCUGGCAUACAUUGACACUCUAAUGGUGGGAGUGGUUGCAUCGGCCAUGGGCGCAGCAUCUUCAAUCGGUUAUCUUGGCUUAAAGGGCAAUUCUCACGCUGGGUGGACGAAAGUCUGCAACAUCUAUGGCAAGUUCUGUCGGCACGUCAGUGCUUCCAUUUCCAUCUCUCUCAUUGCUUCCAUCAUCCUCAUCUUGCUUGUAUUUCUAUCGACAUACUCUCUUUACCGUCGCAGCCAUUGAUAACGCAUGUAUCAGACACCAUGGUUUGUGGGUGUGCAGUAUGGUUACAUAAAUGUAAUUGUGUUUAGCUUGUAUAAAAAUUUCCAUUUUAUGUAAA